ACCUUCCUUCCUCUCCCCUUUUGUCCACUUUUUAUCUGCUCCUUCUCAAUUUCACACCUUGUGUUUCUUCUCUCUCUCUCUCUCUCUCUCUCUCUCUCACUUUGCAUGAACUCGGUUCUACUUUCUCUUCCAAUUCAAUCAUGGCGUCACCGAUCGAAGAAGGAGUUGAGAGGGACUUAGAGAAGGGAGUGUUGACUCCACAGCGUAGUCUAAACCCUCUCGCCGAGCCGUCGCCGACGCCGUCUCCGUCUUCGACAGCUCCGGCGCUAGUCCUUUCCAAUUCCGGUAAGCGGAUUGAUCAGGCGGGGAAGAAGAAGUACGUGAAGCAGGUGACGGGGCGGCACAACGACACCGAGCUGCACUUGGCGGCACAGCGCGGGGAUCUGGCCGCGGUGAAGCAGGUGCUUCACGAUAUCGAUUCGCAGAUGAUGGGAACUCUCAGUGGCGCAGAGUUCGAUACGGAGGUCGCCGAGGUCCAGGCUGCGGUUGUGAAUGAGGUCAAUGAAUUGGGAGAGACGGCACUGUAUAAGGCGGCCGAGAAGGGGUACCUUGAUAUUGUGAAGGAAUUGUUGAAGUAUUCGAGUAAAGAGACUCUCACGAAUAAGAACCAGUCUGGGUUCGAUCCAUUGCAUAUAGCUGCAAGUCAAGGGCACAAUGCCAUUGUCAAGGUGCUUCUAGAUCAUGACCCUGGGCUCAGCAAAACAAUCGGCCCAGCAGGCGCAACUCCUCUUAUAUCUGCAGCUACAAGAGGCCAUACAGAAGUAGUGGAUGAACUGCUGUCAAAGGAUUGUAGCUUGUUGGAGAUCCCUAGAUCCAAUGGGAAAAAUGCAUUGCAUUUGGCUGCCCGACAAGGGCAUGUUGAGAUUGUAAAAUCAUUGCUGAGAAAAGAUGCACAGCUAGCACGAAGGACUGACAAGAAAGGGCAGACUGCAUUGCAUAUGGCCGUAAAAGGGCAGAGCUGUGAGGCGGUCAAAUUGCUUCUCGAGGCUGAUGCUGCUAUUGUCAUGCUUCCAGAUAAAAAGGGUAACACAGCAUUACAUGUAGCCACAAGGAAAAAGCGAGUAGAGAUAGUGAAUGAGUUGCUAUCCCUUCCCGACACCAAUGUUAAUGCACUGACCAGAGAGCACAAAACAGCUUUUGACAUAGCUAUAGAGCUUCCCCUUUCUGAAGAAUCCACAGAGAUAAAGGAGUGUCUUUCUCAAUAUGGUGCUCUCAGAGCUAAUGAACUGAACCAACCAAAGGAUGAAUUGAGGAAAACUGUGACUCAAAUUAAGAAAGAUGUUCAUAUCCAGCUUGAACAAACACGGAAAACUAACAAAAAUGUUCAUAAUAUUUCAAAAGAGCUCAGGAAACUUCACCGAGAGGGGAUCAACAAUGCCACCAACUCGGUGACUGUGGUGGCCGUGCUGUUUGCUACCGUUGCCUUUGCAGCUAUUUUUACUGUGCCUGGUGGGGACAACGAUAAUGGGUCAGCUGUGGUGGUGAGCAGGGCAUCUUUCAAAAUCUUCUUCAUCUUCAAUGCCAUCGCACUUUUCACAUCCUUGGCUGUUGUGGUUGUUCAAAUUACACUGGUUAGAGGUGAGACAAAAGCCGAAAAAAAAGUGGUGGUGAUAAUCAACAAGUUGAUGUGGUUGGCUUCUGUGUGCACUUCGGUGGCGUUUAUGGCCUCCUCUUAUAUAGUGGUUGGGAAGAAGCAUGAGUGGGCUGCCAUCUUGGUUACAGGUGUUGGGGGAGUAAUAAUGGCUGCGGUUCUUGGUACGAUGACUUAUUAUGUGGUGAGAUCAAAGAGGAAUCGUUUAAUGAGGAAGAGGGAGAAGAGGAGCGGAUCCAACUCGGGGCAUCAUUCGGACUACUCAAACUCUGGAGUCGAUCCGAUUUUUGCCCUUUGAUGAUUAUAUAGAUUGUAAAAUGCAUGCUGAACGAGUACACAAGUGUUCGGUAUAUGCCCUUUUAAGAGCAGCUUUGGACUUGAUAAGAAACAAUACCUCUGCCAGUUAAAUUUCUGUGCACGUUUAUUCAUUUGGACAUUCCUGCAUUUUUUUUUUUUU